AUGAGAUUGAUAUUGUUAAGUUGUCAACUGUUUGUAUGGUCGUUAGCUGAGGAAUAUUACGACCGUAGAUACGAUUAUUUCGAAGUGGACUACCUCAUACACAAUCCUCGGUUGCUGAUGACAUACAUGAACUGUUUUCUCGACCGAGGACCAUGUCCACCGGUUGGCAAAGAGCUCAAACGAUUACUGCCAGAAGUGGUAAAGACAAGGUGCCAGAAAUGUUCUCCACGUCAGCGUCGGUUCGCAAGGAAGGUGAUAGAUGCGUUCAAUAAGUACCUACCUUCUAGCCACGAUGAUCUCAAGAAGAAGUUAGACCCUGAGAAGAAGUACUACGAGGCUUUUGAGAAGUCUCUCGCUGAUGCUUUGUAG